ACCCUGACCCCAAGAUGGCGGCGCCCUGCGAAGUGGCCGCGGCAACCUCCGGCGAAAGUGAUGGCGGGGGUGGGGGUUUUGGAUCCUGGCUGGACGGACGGUUGGAGGCGCUGGGAGUGGACCAAGCCGUUUACGGUUCCUACAUCCUUGGUGUCCUGCAGGAGGAGGAGGAAGAAGAGAAGUUGGACGCUCUGCAGGGUAUCCUGUCUGCUUUUCUGGAAGAAGAUUCGCUCCUUAAUAUCUGCAAGGAGAUUGUGGAACGAUGGUCUGAAACUCAGAAUGUUGUCACCAAAGUGGAAAAAGAAGAUGAGGUACAGGCCAUUGCCACCCUCAUUGAGAAGCAGGCACAGAUUGUGGUGAAGCCCAGGAUGGUGUCGGAAGAGGAAAAACAGAGAAAAGCUGCCCUGCUGGCCCAGUAUGCUGAUGUAACAGAUGAAGAGGAUGAAGCAGAUGAGAAGGAUGAUUCAGGUGCCACCACGAUGAACAUUGGUUCAGAUAAAUCUCUGUUUCGAAACACCAAUGUAGAAGAUGUCCUCAAUGCUCGGAAAUUGGAGAGAGACUCACUUCGGGAUGAGUCCCAAAGGAAGAAGGAACAGGACAAGCUGCAGAGGGAGAGAGACAAACUAGCCAAGCAGGAGCGCAAGGAAAAGGAAAAGAAAAGGACACAGAGAGGGGAGCGAAAGCGAUAACCCUGGCCUGUUCAAUUCUUCCCCUGCUUCAAGAACUUGAUGAAAAGGAAAACUGGCUUUGCAAAUGUGUAUUUAAGAGAAAUGAGAAAACAUUGCAUAGUUCUUUCCCAAGGCAUUUCCCUUUUGUUUACAUGGUCAAAAGGAAAAUCACAAUCACUUUUAAUUACAAAAAUGUGCCAUGUUUUGCUGAUGUGGAUGAUCAGAUAAUUAUAGUUAAUGUCUGUACCAAAGAGCUGCAAUUGGGGCAGUCUUUAUAUUUUAAUACUGAAGUUCUGUGCUCCUUUUGGCUCCUUUUUUUAUAAAAUGUCUUCCCUCACCUAAUUUUCCUUGAAUAAAUAGUAGGAUUCAGAAAGCUAACAGUUAGGGUUUUCAUCUGGGAGAAGAAACAUGACCGUUCCUCUGAGAUGAAAAGUGCAAGUGUAAAUUACUUCAGAGGUAAUAUUUACUCCUAAGUGUAGAUAGUUUUAUGGCUGAUAUAUAAAGCUAAUCAGGAAGCUAGGUGGUGUGGUACACACCUGUAAUUCCAGCUCCUGGGGAGGCUGAGGCAGGAGGAUCACAAGUUUGAGGACAGCUUGGGCAAA